AUGGGUGUCGUGGGUGUCGCUUCAACUUUUCUCUUGGCCGCCUUGGUCGCUCUGUGCUCCGCGGCGCGCUCGGACGCGCCCCGGGGAGUCGCGGUCGGGUUCGUUUUCGACCCGAAAGCGAAGUGCGAACCGCAGUGCAACCACGGAGGGAUCUGCAUCCGCAACAACACAUGCUACUGCUCCAAGGGCUACGAAGGAGAGACCUGCCAGUAUGCCAACUGUUAUCCCAAAUGUAAGAAUGGAGGAAUGUGCCUUCGUCCUGGAAAAUGCAGAUGUCCUCCAGGAUUUGGGGGAAGAUACUGUCACAAAGUGACGUGUGACGGGGGAUGCUGGAACGGAGGAGAAUGCAUCGCUGUCAACGGAGCGGCCAAGUGCAUCUGCCCCUCGAGCUGGAGCGGCUCAAGAUGCCAGGAGGCGAUCUGUCCCCAGGGCUGUAGGAACGGGGGACUCUGCGUGGCUCCAGGAAUCUGCAGCUGUCCGGAGGGAUGGCUGGGUGGCGCCUGCCACACCGCUGUGUGCGCUCAGUCCUGCCUGAAUGGAGGGAAGUGUAUUUCUCCAGACAAAUGCCGCUGUCGCCCCCCUUUCUCUGGCCCUCGCUGCGAGGAGAGGAAGAAGUCCCACUAGUGUGAGCCUGCUGGGGUCACAGGUCAACGAGGCCCAAUAAGUGACUUCAUGCUGAUGAGGACAUUUCUUUCUUCUAUUUUUUAAAGCUGAAACAUUUGUAGUUUUUACAUUUUUUUAUGGAUUUUUUUGUUUUUAAGAAACCUUGAACCUGUGUAAUGUUCUCAUUCGACUGUGUAAACAUGUACUGUACUGUCAUUUGUGUCAUUAAAUGAAUAAAAGAGUGAAUUGCAUUAAUAAGCUUAACAAAGCUUAUUUAACCAAAGCAAAAGCAUAGAAAUAGUACAUUUUCUUUAUUCUGUCAACUGUAACUUGUACCACAGUGCAAUUUGGUGUUGUCAGAUAUUUUUAUAUAUAAAACAAAACCCUGUAUAAAACUCAAACAGGUGGUCAUUACUUUACCCAAUCAAAAAAUAUAUUAAUGAAAGAAAAACAGAAAGACAUAUGGCAAUGUAUUUAAUCUAUUCAAACAAGUUACUGAUGUGUACCAUCUAGAUUAGGCAUAACUAAUAUAGCAUCCUUGCAUUAUUUCUCUCAUAAAUGAACAACAAACAGUGCGCAUCGAUUUGGUAAAAAGAUUAUAAUUUGGCUUAAUUGUGUAAAAACUAAAAGCUUGCUGGUAAUAAAUAA